AUGGUUACCAUGGUGAUAACUGUUGCCUAUCCACGAUCACAAGGUCAACGUGGCAGAAGGCGAAGUUUAUCAAUAGACGUCGCCGCCAUUGCACGUGACUUUUAGAGGGUUGCUAAGGCGCCAUAUUCCAUUUGUGAGUCAAUCAUGGAGUCGUGCUCUGGAAUCAUUCCGAAGAAAAUGAGCUGUAGAAUGCAUAUAUUGAAAGAAGAAACAAUUGACAGUCUUGUCAAGGGACGAGAGAUAGCCGGACAUAUUAAGCAUGUCAUCAAAGCCAGACUAGAGUAUGAAUCAUCUCGAUUACAACUCGUAGAAAAGCAAAACAAUUCUACUUUAAAGUCAUUGAAUGAGAGUGCAUCAAGUUACUGCCUCUUUGAGAGUUUUAAGGAGAAAUACCAAGCUUACAUGAAAAGUACUGUCAUCCUCCAACAGGGCAUUGUGUCCAAAUUAGCAGAAGUUGGUGGACCAUAUGAAACAAUUAAAAGAUGGCUGGAUACUCCUAAAACAAAAACAAGACCAGAAGAAUUGAAAAAACAAUAUUUCAACUUGCUUGAUGAUCAUGCAAACAAAAUCAAUCUUUUAAAAAAAGAGAAAAAGACAUUGACAAAGAUACGUGAACAACUAUCAAAAUGCCAGAAGAAACUACAAAAUGUUCAAGCUGCUCUGCAGAUUAGUGUUAAUUUGGAUGUAGAUGUAUCAGCCCGUCAAAUCAAAGAGCAGAGAACUCUUAAAGGGUUGGAAAAAGAAUUGAUCAGUCGUCUUAACAAAUCUCUGAGACAGUGCCAGGCACUAGUGGUAGAAGAAGUCGAAAGCCGGAAAUUCCUUAAAGAGGGUAUGAUCAGGAUAGCAGGAGAAAUAGAAAAAUUUGAAGAAGAACGUGUGAAAGUUAGCAACGCUGCCAUGAACAAAUUUGUACAGAUCUUGAACCAGCAGGAGACCAACAGAACUGAAAAAAUACAGGCAACGCUUGAUCUGAUGGCAUCAGUAUCACCAACAUUCAUAGACCUUCCCAAUGCCACCUUGACGAGAAAAGAUGACAUCUUUAUCUACAAAUUUCCGAACAUUGCAGAGCAUCUGCAAGAAAUGGGUUUUCCAGAGACAGCUACUGCUCCAGAUUCUGUAUACAGACAGAUCUUAGAAUCUCCCAAUACUGAUUCUACAACUUCCUCUCUUCAGGAGAUAGAGUCAUCUUCAAUACAAUCUUCCUUCUCCAAAGGUUCAAACGAUGGUGAACAUUCCAAUGACAAGGUUAGAAAACAUUCUAAAACUAAAACAACAGGAGCAAACAUCAACAAGAAAUCUAAACAAGAAAACACUGACGAGGUGAUGGCACAAUCAAAACAUUCCAAGAAAGUAAGAAAAUCAGUCAGAAAGGAGGAAAUGUCUACAGUGCAGGAAUUCAAUAUAACAAUGUCCCCACAACCUGCUGAUCAGGAAACACCAGUAAGGAAGUUUUCUGAGCUAACCCAAGAUUCAGAUGAUGAAGAUGAUACACCACCACCUCAUGUCUGUAGACAAGGAUGGGUAAACAGUGAGGAAGAGCAAGUGUCUCUUAGCAAGAUGGAGCAGAGGGACGCAGCCCAAUACCCUUAUCAUGGUGUACCUCUGGAACAGUCUCGUCCACUUAAGGCUCUGGUUACACACAGAUCUUUAGAUAACACCCACCUCAGCUUUGAAAAAGGACAAAAAUUGGUACAGACCCACAAAGCUACAGGGGACAGCAUUGCCUAUGGUUACACAGGCAAACAUAGCUACAGCAAGGUCAAGUACGGCUAUUUCAGUCUCCGGCAGAUGAAGACAUGGAAACCAACUACAAAGAAUAUUAUCAAAAAUUUGAUUACAUAA